AUGGACAAGCUUACUGAAGGUAUGCAAGUUGAAAUAAUAAGGUCGGAUGGUCGCGUUCAUGGAGCCAUUAUUUGUCAAAUAAACCACAAAACUUCUAGCGUUUCUGUUGAAUGGUUUGAAAAGGGAGAAACAAAAGGAAAAGAAGUUGAUUUUAAUGCCUUAGUGAAACACAAUCCGCUUAUUUUUCACACAAAAACGGAUCCACCUGAGGUACCUGUUGCUAAUGGAGAUAUUACAAAAGUUGCUACCGCCAAAAAACAAACAAACUCUAAUUUGAUCGAGCCAAAAACAAAGACUAAUAAAAGGAAUGGAAAUGUUGGUCUUUCUCUUCAAGAACCAACUCCCAAAAAUAAUCGUCAAAAGAGUUUUCCAGUUGCUCCAAUUAAAAUAAACUUUCACGAUCCAGAGCAUUUUGAGCAAAAAGAAACAAGAACGUCAAAGCUUGGACAAAAUGCAGUUAGUAAAGAUACUGGGAAUCCUCAACAGACAUCAAAAAUUCAAGACAUUGAUAAGCUUGUUGUUGGGAUGAAUGUCAACAUUAAGCGUUCUGAUGGACGCAUCCAUGGUGCAUUAGUUACACAAAUUGCUAGACUCACUGGAAUGAUUUCUGUUGAAUGGUUUGAAAGGGGUGAGACAAAAGGAAAGGAUAUUGAGCUGGCCGCAAUUGUUAAGAACAAUCCUGAACUGUUUACACCUUCGGGUCUUCAUACAUCCCGAUCUCGUCAAUCCAUUUCAUCAUUGAAUCACGGACAAACUCAACCUCCAACAACUGCUUCCUCUUCUGCAAUUAAUACAACUGUUGCCUUUGUUGACAAUGAUAAGGUUAUUGGUGAGCGAAGACGUACACAUGCCAUCCCUAAUGUCAACAAUAAGUCUGAUAAGAAAGAAGUUGCAGUACUGGUUGACAUUGACGAGGAUGUUAUUAUUAGUUCAGAACCAGUGCAUUUUACGGAUGAGAAUCAGCCUAAUAACAUUCCUGCUUCCUCUGCGGCACAAUUAUCGAGACGGUCUAAAUUACUAACAAAUAUUGAGGAUAUGGAGAGGAAUCGUGAACAAAGGAGGGUUCAACAGGAUGUGGCACGCAAACAACGAGAACUCCAAAUGCAAAUCGAUCCAGGAAAUCCUCAUUGGGAGUUUCUUUCCAUGAUCCGCGAUUACCAAUCUCAACUUGUCUAUCGUCCUCUUCGAAUUACAGAUCCGGUUUUAGACAACCGAAUUUGUGUCUGUGUUCGCAAAAGACCGUUAAGUAAAAAAGAAUUGAUUGGUAAAGAGGUGGAGGUGGUUACUAUUCCAAACAAGGAUCGAGUUAUUGUACACCAGCCUCAAACAAAAGUUGAUUUAACAAAAUAUCUGGUUAAUCAACAAUUUAAAUUUGACUACACCUUUAAUGAAAAUUCUUCAAAUGAACUGGUUUACAAAUUUAGUGCACAGCCUCUUGUCAGGACUAUUUUUCAAAGAGGUUUCGCUACUUGUUUUGCAUAUGGUCAAACAGGCUCUGGAAAGACACAUACAAUGGGCGGUAUAAUUGAGGGAAAACAUCUUGAUUGUAGUGCUGGCAUUUAUGCAAUGACUGCUAAUGAUGUCUUUGCUUUAUUACAUUCGCCUGAAUAUAAAAAUGAAUGUUUAAUGGUCGCCUGCAGUUUUUUCGAGAUCUACGGGGCAAUGGUUUUUGAUUUGCUCAACAAAAAGGCAAAGCUACGCGUCUUAGAAGAUGCAAAACGCGUCGUUCAAGUUGUUGGUUUAAAGGAGUUGAAGGUUAACAGCGUUGAAGAUGUAUUAAAAAUAAUCAAACUUGGCUCAAAUCAACGUACCGCUGGACAAACUUCCGCUAAUUCUAAUUCGUCUCGUUCUCACGCUGUGUUCCAAAUUAUUCUUAGGAAGCGGUAUUUAAUUUCAAAAAAUUAUUUUUAUUUCAAUUUGUAUAGUGAAAAAAAUGAAGAUGCUUUAUAUGGUAAAUUUUCUCUUAUUGACUUGGCGGGUAAUGAACGUGGAGCUGAUACAAUUAGCUCUGACAGACAAACUCGUCUUGAAGGAGCUGAGAUUAACAAGUCUUUGUUGGCAUUGAAAGAGUGUAUUCGGGCUAUGGGACGUGAUGAACAACAUAUUCCCUUCCGGGGCUCUAAGCUCACUUUAAUUCUUCGCGAUUCAUUUGUGGGGAAAUAUGCUAAAACUUGCAUGAUUGCUAUGAUCAGCCCUGGAAUUAGCUGUGUUGAAAACACCAUGAAUACACUCCGAUAUGCUGAUAGAGUUAAAGAACUUGGUGGUGAGAGGGAUGAUCAAGACGAACAACAAGCAGAGGACGAUGAAAACUUUUUGUGGAGCGAUGACGAAUAAAGUAUAGAUUUUUCUUCUGCAUUCCUUCUAAUUAAUGACAUUAACUUUGACGUUAAAUUCUUUCAGAUAUUAGGCUUUUAAAUACAGAGCUUUCCAUACUCUAUUAUAAUACUAUUCCAUGUAUACUCACGAAACAAAAAAUUAUUUUGUAAAAUCUUGCUUUUUCUUUAAAAUAACUUCAAAAUCUACUAGUAUAUAUCUUCUGCUUUCUUUAAAUACUCUUGUCUAUAUUGACUUGCUUCUAUAUAAUCUCCACAUUAUUUUAUGGCAAUUAUUACUAUUUAGUAUUUUUAUUG